AUGGUGGUAACGAGCCGGUCUAUUGAGGAUCAUGCAAAAGAUUUAGAGGAAGUGUUUGCACAGGUACGGAAGUUUAAUAUGAGUUUAAAUCCGUCUAAAUGCACGUUUGGUGUUCAAGCUGGGAAGUUUCUAGGCUUCAUGCUGAUUGCUCGGGGCAUAGAAGCAAAUCCAGAUAAAUGUAGAGUAGUACUGGAGAUGAGAAGUCCGCAGAGCUUGAAGGAGGUUCAGAGGCUGGUAGGACGGUUGACGGCUUUGUCUCGUUUCAUUCCCCGGCUUGUCUUACGGAUCAAACCGGUUGUUAAAAUGAUGAAAAAGGAUGCUCAGAUGUGUUGGGAUGGUCAGUGUGAAGCAGCGUUUAAGGAGGUUAAAAAAAUCCUCACUGAACCUCCAGUGAUGGAAAGACUGAAACCUAAUAAGGAGUUACAACUCUUUUUAGCAGUUUCUGACGAGGUAAUCAGCGUAGCACUGGUGCAGGAGAAGCCUGAGAUGAGGUUGAUCUAUUUUCUUAGUAGAGGUCUUAAGGAAGCAGAAGUCCGAUACCAACAGGUAGAGAAGGUGGCGUUGUCUCCGUCAAGGACAUCAGGUUGUGUGGGUUGGUCAAUAGAACUUUCAGAAUUUGGGUUGCGCUAUGAACCACGAGGAUCGGUAAAAGGGAAACACCUGGCAGAGUUUGCGGUGGAGUUAUUUCCAGACACAAAUGAGUCGUUAUGUUGGAAAUUGUCGGUGGAUGGGUCAUCCGGUAGACAAGGUAGGGGUGUUGGGGUUGUGCUGAAAGGACCGGGCAGGCUGAUGGUCGAGCAAUCACUGAUAUUCAAGUUUAAGGUUAGUAACAAUCAAGCUGAGUACGAGGCGUUGUUACCUGGAUUGAAGUUAGCACGGGAUCUAGGGGCGGAACGUGUGGAGUGUCGGACGAAUUCUCAGUUGGUCGAAGGGCAUAUGAAGGGAACAUUCCAAAUUAAGGAUGAUCAAUUGCUACAAUAUGCUCACAAGGCUAAGCAGUUGGAGGCAUGUUUCGAAUCUGUUGAAAUUAGGCAUGACCUCGAAAGGAGAACUCCCGAGCGGACAUGUUGUCCAUGCUGGCCAGUUCAAAAGAAAAGGGCCACUUGUCUUCAUUCGGGAGCGAAGACAGAUUGGACGGGGGAAAUAAUCCAGUUAAUCAGAGAACAAGACGAAGGAGGGAGUCUUCGGGUCGAGGACACGAAGAAAAUUGCUAGGUAUUGCUUAGUGGGUGGUGAUCUGUACAGACGAGGUUAUACAAUGCCUUUGUUGAAGUGUUUGGAGGGUGAGGAGGUGGAUUAUGUAGUGAGGGAGCUGCAUGAGGAAACAUGGGAAUGUCUUCCAUGCUCCACCCUCUGA